AUGCCCAAUGUGCUAAGAAUCGUGCGCCAAGCUCUUCCACCGAAUGCAGAAAUCAGUGAUGAAACAAAGAUAACAAUGGUACAGUGUGCGACUAAUUUCAUUAGCCUCAUCACUAGCGAGGCUAAAAGACGGUGCGAAAGCGAGCAACGAUCAUCUGUUACCGAAGAAGAUUUGUUAUGGGCAAUGAGGAGGUUAGGUUUACAUAAUUAUGCUGCCUUUUGCACUCUUUACUCUGCAUAUCGUGGCGGACCUGUUCCAGCUGCACAACCAGCUGUGAUUGCAAAUGAUAGUGUGCCACCACCAUUAUCAACAGCUUCUGAUGCCCCAACUGAAAAAGAUGAGUCAGGAGCUGGUACCAGCUCAAGUGGUGCCAAAGUUUACCGCUUACCUUAA